GACACAGAGACCGGGGCAGAAGUACGGCGGCACAUCGCGACACGCGGGUCGCGUGUUGGCGUCUUGGGCUGGCUAGAAGAUGGAAAGCGGAUGUUUUCUGCGGAUGAGAAUUUCAAUAUUGUCAUUUGGAGGUGGGAUAAUCUGGAGAGGGUGCAGGAGGAGGAAGAGGAAGUCGACAAGGUCAACAAGGAAGGGCAAGAAUUCACGGCUGUUGCGUGGUCAAGCGAUGACAUAUGUGCUACUGUGGUUGGAGACGGAGACGUAGUGAUGUACGAUGUGAAGACGGGGAAGAAGAUGUGGGGGGAUGCUGAGACACACGUAAGCCCUGUGUAUUGUCUGGAGAUGUCUAGAGAUAGCAAGCGGGUGUUUACGGCAGCAAGAGAUGGAACGUUUGCGAUGUGGGACAGCAAGACGGGCGACAAGUUGUGGGAAGGCGGGGAGGCCUGGGCCAAGGAUGAUUACGCAGAAGCAGAAGCAUGUUGGUCCAAUGAUGGGACGAGGGUGUUCGUGUCGUUUAGAAGGGGGAUGGGGUUGUGGGACGGGAAGACUGGGAACAAGUUAUGGGAGAGAAUCACGGACACCUACAUGUGGAUCGGGUGCAUGGCGUGGGCUGGAAACGACACGAAGAUCGCGCUUGGCAGUUGGAGUAACGACGGCAGGGUCGUGCUGUUAAGCGCCAGAACGGGAGAGGCGAUCAGGGUGGCAUCGGCCCUGGAGAGAAGGUGA